AAGAAUUGAAGAAGAAAUAAUGGCAUCAGAAGCAUCAUCAUCCUCUGCUAUACGCAAUCUCCAAGAUACACCUACUUGGGCUGUGGCUUCUGUUUGCUUCUGCCUCAUUCUCCUCUCCAUUGGCCUUGAAAACUCCAUUCAUCUCAUUUCCAAUUUGCUCAAGAAGUAUAAGAAGAAAGCACUGGUAGAGGUUGUGGAGAAGCUCAAAUCAGAGCUGAUGCUGUUAGGUUUCAUUUCGCUUAUAUUAGCAGCAUUGCAAAAACCCAUCUCCAGUAUCUGUAUACCAAGUAAAAUUGCAGAUUCCAUGCUUCCAUGCCACAACAAAGCAACCAUCCAGGGACAGAAAUUCAGGGUGACCCAACAUUUAAAGAAGAAUGGAAAUCCCUUCCACUUUGGUUUUGCCUAUCAAGAUGGUCAUCCACAUAGACUAUUAGCCUCUGAAACUGGCAGCACUUGCGAAAACGGCAAGGUUCCUCUGGUGUCCAUAGAAGGGAUACACCAAUUGCAUAUCUUCAUCUUUGUGUUAGCAUUGACGCAUCUUGUUUCGAGUCUUCUCACCAUGGCCCUGGGAAGGGCAAAGAUGAGGCGUUGGAAAGCUUGGGAAGAAGAAACUCACUCGGCUUCCUACCAAGCGGCCAAUAAUCCUGAACGCUUGAGAUUUACAAGGGAAACAACAUUCGCGAGACGGCAUUUGGGUACUUGGACAAAAUCAACUCUACUUGUAUGGAUUAAAUGUUUCUUCCGCCAAUUCUUCCGCUCUGUAGCAAAAGUUGAUUAUCUCACACUGCGUCAUGGCUUCAUCAAAGCACAUAUGCCAUCCAACGCCAAUUUCAAUUUCCGAAAAUACAUACAGAGGUCCUUGGAUGAUGAUUUCAAAGUAGUAGUGGGAAUCAGCCCCACUCUGUGGUUGGUCGCCGUUAUCCUCCUGCUAGCUGAUGUUGAUGGAUUACAUUUAUAUCUUUGGAUAGGCUUUGUUCCAUUGAUAAUGAUACUAGUUCUUGGAACCAAGCUUGAAGUCAUUUUGGCAAGAAUGGCUCUGCAACUCAAAGACCAGACUGCUGUGAUCAUAGGAGCCCCACUGGUGCACCCUGAUGAUAAACUUUUCUGGUUCAGUAAACCUAAAUUUGUUUUGAGUCUUCUACACUUCACAAUGUUCAUGAAUGCUUUUGAGCUUGCUUUCUCUCUCUGGGCAACGUGGCAAUUUGGGCUCAAAACUUGUUUCAAUGAGAACAUAGAGGUCGUAAUCGGAAGGGUGCUAUCAGCGUUGAUUGUGCAUAUCAUUUGCAGCUACAUUACACUUCCAAUCUAUGCCCUUGUGACACAGAUGGGUUCCCAAUACAAGAGUGCAAUACUAGAAGAACAAACGAUAUCUUCAUUACAGCAAUGGUAUGGAAGAGUGAAGAAGAAACAAAAACAACCAUCAACACAUCAACCACUUCAUACUGAAAUUUCCUCUCCACCAACCACACUACCCACAAGGGCACUUGCAGAAACUAUUUCUCCCCCUGGGAUUGAAAUCAGUGAAGUCAAAGAGGAACCAGGUGAGGCCAAUGUUCCUUCUAGAGCAGUGGUGGUAGAAUUAUCAGGUUUGAAGUGAGUCAUGAGACGCUCUUCACAAUUCAGGAAGUACUGAAUUCAUAAAACCCAAUGGAUAGCCAUAGUUUUCAUACAAC